AUGAAGGACUCAAACACCGGGAGUACUACCCCAACGAAUAUAGCCGUUUUAAACUUAGGAACUAAUGACAAAAAAAAUUGUGUAGCGAUUUUAGAAACGGCGCUAUAUCUGACGGAGAAGUACCUUGGCAAAAUUAUCAACAGUUCGUACAUUUACGAAACUGUCCCGGAAUACAUCGUCCUGGAUGAAGUAAACAAAAUUGGAAAGGUGACGGAGGGGCACCCCCCAAGUGAAAUUUCUUGGAUAAAGGAUUUGAUUCAGACUGUGGAAAAGUCCAGAUAUGAAGAAAGUGAAGAUUUAAUUUAUGAGUGCAAAGAACUGGAAGUGUUUUUAAAAAAUGAAAAAAUAAAUGAAAGCAUUAUCAAGGAAGUCAGUGUGGAGGAUUACGAAAAUGAGACAAGAAAAAUAAUCAAACAGAAUGACGAAAUAAUGAAGAAAAACUUAGAACAGUAUAAAGAUAAAUAUUACACGAGUUAUUUUUUUAACUUAACAGUUGUAGUUCGGACCUUUGUUGAAGACCCCCUCACCAUGCUCGUAAUUUUAAAGUACAUAGAACAAAUCAUGAAAAGAAGGGAAAGCAAAAAGGGUCAGGGAGAAAUAUUCGAAAAUCGCAUAAUAGACAUAGACAUUUUAUUUUUUAACAACUACACUAUUUUUGAGAAAAGUAUAAGUUUAAAAAAAGAAGACAUAUAUAAAAUCAUCACGAAACAUAUUCACAUAAAUCAAACUAGUGAUCAGAACCAUCUCGAAAUUAUCCAAAAUCUGGGCGACAAAAUUCGAUUCUUAUGUAUCCCUCAUGUGUACACAAAAUAUAGGUAUAGUAUUCUCCUCUGCUUAAAUGAUAUGAUUCCUGAGUAUAAGCACUGCACGUUUGAGGAAGCCAUUGGCUCAACUUAUAAAAACUAUGUUGACAAAUUUGAAGAGAAGUAUCACAUGCAUAUCAGGAAGAAUAAUAAGAGAAUAUACGUAUUGAAAGAUAAAGUGUCCUAUUUAAAAGAAAGAACUCAUAUAGUGGGCAUCUUGAAUGUUAACUAUGAUUCCUUUUCUGAUGGUGGUUUGUUUGUCGAUCCUGUGAAAGCUGUGGAGAGGAUGUUCGAAAUGACAAAUGAUGGGGCGAGCGUGAUUGACAUCGGGGGGGAAUCAUCCGCGCCUUAUGUGGUCCCCAAUCCAAAUGUUACUGAACGGGAUUUGGUCAUUCCCGUUUUGAAGCUGUUUAAGGAGAAAUGGCAUACGCUUGAGCGCGAGGUUUCCGGUGGUGAGGCAGGAUGCGCUACAAUGGACGAUGCCAAGAAAGACGCCCAACGUGACGCAGAGGGGAUCCUACAACAACUGAGGGACGCAAAACCGAUCAUCAGUAUCGACACUGUCAAUUAUGAUUUGUUCAAAGAAUGCGUGGAACACGAUUUGGUAGACAUCCUAAACGAUAUCAGUGGGUGUACACACAACCCAGAUAUUAUAAAAUUAUUAAAAAGGAAAAAUAAAUUCUAUACGGUCGUUUUAAUGCACAAGAGGGGGAAUCCACACACCAUGGAUAAGUUAACAAAUUACAAUGAUCUUAUAAAUGACAUUAAAAAGUAUUUAGAAGACCGAUUAAAUUUUCUCGUUCUCAAUGGGAUACCACGUUACCGAGUUCUCUUUGAUGUUGGCCUAGGGUUUGCAAAAAAACACGACCAAUCCAUUAAGCUGUUGCAGCAUAUUCACGUUUAUGAUGAGUAUCCGCUGUUUCUUGGCUACUCGAGGAAGCGAUUUAUUGCCCACUGCAUGGGGAAAGGUGGCGCGAUCAAUGGGGGCUUCGAACUGACUAACGGGGAUUCCAAACUGACCAAUGGUGACGCGUCACAACUGUGGAGGUUUAAAAUGAGUCACAUGCGUCAGGAUAAGGAUCAGCUUUUAUACCAUAAAAUUAUUUCCGGCGGACUAGCCAUUGCUUCGUACAGCUUCUACAAAAAGGUGGACCUUAUCAGAGUUCACGACGUGUUAGAAACCAAGACAGUCCUGGAUGUGCUCGAAAGGAUACAUCCGUCUGAGGCUAAUAUCCUUGCAGUGAACGAAAAGGCAAAAUAA